AUGCAUGUUAUGAAUUGUGUCUCCUUGGUCAGCGAUAAAGAGAAUGGGACGAUCACCACGGCAGCCGGCUUCAUGAUCCGGGAAACAGCACCACGGCCGCCUCCUCCUCCUCCUCCCCCACCUCCACCUCCACCAUGUCCCUAUUCAGGGGAGGGCUUUCCUCCCUCUCCUCCUCCUCCCCCCCCACCUCCACUCCCCGGGGGGCCUCCGCUCCCACCUCCCCCUCCAGGACUACCCCCAGCUUCUCACCUGAAUGGCUAUAGCCACCUUGGUAAGAAAAAGCGAAUGAGAAGCUUUUUUUGGAAGACCAUUCCGGAGGAGCAAGUUCGUGGCAAAACCAAUAUCUGGACUUUGGCCGCCAGGCAGCAGCAUCACUACCAAAUUGACACAAAGACCAUUGAGGAGCUCUUUGGACAGCAAGAAGAUACUACUACCAAGUCUUCCCUUUCUAGGAGAGGAGGAGCCUUAAAUUCAUCCUUCAGGGAGGCUAGGGAAGAGAUUACUGUCUUGGAUGCAAAACGGAGCAUGAACAUUGGGAUAUUUCUUAAGCAAUUUAAGAAGUCUCCUCAGUCCAUUGUAGAAGAUAUUCAUCAGGGAAAGAGUGAGCAUUAUGGAUCAGAAACCUUGCGAGAAUUUCUUAAGCUUUUGCCGGAGUCAGAGGAGAUAAAGAAACUGAAAACAUUUAGUGGAGAUGUGUCCAAGCUGUCCCUGGCGGACUCCUUUCUGCACUACUUGAUUCAGGUGCCAAACUAUUCACUUCGGAUUGAAGCCAUGGUGCUAAAGAAGGAAUUUUUACCUUCGUGUUCUUCUCUAUACACAGACAUAACAAUUCUAAGAACCGCGACUAAAGAGCUGAUGCUGUGUGAGGAGCUACAUUCAAUAUUACACUUGGUGCUACAGGCAGGGAACAUCAUGAAUGCAGGAGGGUAUGCUGGCAAUGCAGUAGGAUUUAAACUGUCUUCUUUGCUCAAAUUGGCAGACACAAAAGCAAACAAACCUGGGAUGAAUCUUCUGCACUUUGUUGCACAGGAAGCCCAAAAGAAAGAUGCCAUUCUUCUAAACUUUUCUGAAAAAUUGCACCAUGUUCAGGAGGCUGCUAGAUUAUCUCUGGAUAACACGGAGGCAGAACUGCACUCGCUCUUGAUCAGGACAAGAUCUCUGAGGGAAAACAUUCAGCGGGAUGGUGAACUCUGUCAGCAGAUGGAAGAUUUCCUUCAGUUUGCUGUGGAAAAGCUGACAGAACUGGAGCGCUGGCAGCAGGAACUCCAGGACGAGGCCCACACCCUUAUAGAUUUUUUCUGUGAAGACAAAGAAACCAUGAAACUGGACGAGUGCCUUCAGAUAUUUAGAGACUUUUGUGUCAAAUUCAACAAAGCAGUUCAGGACAACCAGGACCGGGCAGUGCAGGAGCUGAGGAGGCUGCAGCGGCUGAAGGAGCUGGAGCAGAAGCGUCGCUCCUGGGCGGCUGGGGAGCUUGGGGGGUUCUGCCGGAGCAGCAGUGAGAACGACGUGGAGCAGCUGACUAAGAAGGGUGCGGAGGACCUGUCCCCCUUCCUGCAGCCCAGGCCCGUCAGUCCCUCCUACCGACCUCCCAACACACGCCGCUCCCGCCUUUCCCUGGGUGCGUUUGCGGACCGGGAGCUGCUGACCUUCCUGGAGAGUUCCACUGGCAGCCCCGAGGAGCCCAGCAAAUUCAACAGCUUGCCCCGGAGCAGCACCCGGCUGGCCCGGCCCACGAUGGCCUGGUUGGAGCCCGAGGACCGGAGAGCCCAGGACCCCAGCGGAGCACAGACACCACAGGCCUCAGAGGGCCAGCAGGGGGCCCCCGAGCCACCCUCAUCUUGGCAGAGCCAGCAGUUCCUGGCCCCCAGGCCUGAAGACCCCACGCCCCCAAUCCCCCGAGUUCGGCGCAGUGGGGUGGGCAUCCUCCGAAAGAGGAAUAGUGAGCCGGUGGGCCUCGUCCCGGCCCGAUCCCCUCCACUCUCACCAUUGGCUCUGGGGAUUAAGGAGCACGAGCUGGUGACAGGGCUGGCUCAGUUCGACCUUCAGGGAUCCAAGAGCCCAGAGGAGGUGCCCCGAUUGACCCUGAAUGACCUCAGUCCCGUGGAGCUGGCGUCUCUGGGGGAUGGGAGCGUGCAGUCCCUCGGUGCCAACCACGACGGCCUGAUGCCUGUGGACAAAGGUGUCCCGGCUGGUCUCACCCCAGCCUUGGAAGGGGAUGAGGCUGCCCCCGAGGAUCCUAGCAGCAAGGCUGUAGUAUCUGUGGGCAGCAGCGACCCUGACAGCAAAGACCCUGGGCCUCUGUUCUACAUCUCCGAUGCCACCGACUGCUCACUGACCCUGGACUGCUCGGAGCCGGGGGAGGUGGCCGGGGCGGAUGGCUCCCUGUCCUCUGGCGCUGGGGAGACGGGCAGCCAGGUCUCCUCUCACCCCACUUCCAGCCCCCUCGGGGAGGCUUCGGCUCCAGUCUCUGGGAAGAGCCACCCCUCCUGCAAGGACAGCCUUCCCAAGGACAGACCCGCCAAAGGGAAGGAUGUGAUAGCACCGAAGAGAAGCUCCCUCAAAGAGGCGUCUCAGGGGACCUCGAAGCCCGCUAGUGUCCGGCGGAGCCAGGGAUCCCAGGGGGCGGCGCCCAAGCCUGUGAGGACCUUGACCGCCUCUGAGAGUGAGAGCAUGCGCAAAGUCGUGCCCAUCUCCAGGUCGAGCCGCGGAUCGGUGGGCUGGAAGCGGCCCCCUCGGGAGACCCCCAGCAGCACAGACGCACCGUGGUCGCGCCGGAGCUCCAUGCGGGGGACCUCAGACGUGUCGCCCAAGCGGUCCUCGGCGGGGGCAGCGGCGGGGACGGAGGAGCAGAGGCUGGCGAGGGUGAGCAGUGGCUCCGGCAGCGCUAGGUCGGGGAAGGACCCCCCCCUGCAGCAGAAGGGCUCUCUCAAGAAGCCCAGCGCCAAGCCCCUCAGGAACGUCCCCAGGCAGAAGCCCGACGAAAACAAAAUCUGCCACUCCAACUCCCAGGAAGAGAUCCCCGAAGAGGAGCCCAAGGCCCCGCCGGCCCCCAGCGUCCCCCGCGUCCCGCCCCCUGUGCCGAGCUUUGCCCGAAACACAGUUGCCUCCUCCUCUCGGUUCAUGAGAACGGAUUCCUCUCCUGUGGCCAAAGCCCCCGGCAUCAUUCGGACGGUUUCCCAGCGUCAGCUGAGGCCCAAGGGUGGCCCUGAGGAUGCUGCCCCCAAGGACAGCAGCACCCUGCGGCGGGCCAGUAGCGCCCGGACCCCCAAAAAGUGUCCAGAGUCUGCUGGGGCUCCCAGUGCCAACACAGAGGCCCCUGGGAAGGGCCGGGGGGCUGGGGAAAGGGCCUCCCUCAGACUGAGGAACUCCGAUCAGACCACGCUAGGGAAAAUCCUCCAUCCCUUACGGAAGUGA